CUAAAUAUAUAUCUCGACGAAGCAAUGGCAUCAAUCGUUGGAGCUAAAGUGGAAUGUAUGGACCGUCUACUGUUGAUCGACGACGCUAUAACCGCGUCGAAUCGACGGAGAUGGCGAAUGGCUUUCGUUGUAAUAUAUUGCUCGAGAGCCUUCGAUCUCUCUCGCUUCCGCCGCGCCGCCACGCCGAAAUUAACGACUUCGUCGGAAAAGGUUGUUAUCGAGGUUUCCGAGAAACAUCCUUUGUUCUCGAGCAUCGAUCGAUUGAGCCUCUCAAAUCUCGUCAAGGGUAAGAGCGCGCGCCAUUUGGCUCGACUCGGAGGGGUCAAAGGGAUUUCCGUGUCGCUCAAGACAGAUCGAUGGCACGGGAUUAACGACGAUGACGAUCCGAAAAAUGUUGCGGCGAGACGCGAAGCUUUCGGUAGCAAUAGUUAUAAGAAACCCGCGGCGAAGAGCUUCGUUGGUUUCGUAUGGGAGGCUUUUAAGGAUCCGACGAUCGUCGUUCUACUUGCGUGCGCCGCGCUCUCCCUCGGAUUCGGUAUUAAGCAACACGGUCCGACGGAAGGUUGGUACGAUGGGGGGAGCAUAUUUAUCGCGGUGUUUCUCGUCGUAUCGGUUUCGUCGGUGAGUAAUUUCCGGCAGAGUCGACAGUUCGAGAAGCUUUCGAAGGUAAGCGGUGAUAUUUCCGUAGAAGUCGUGAGGAGUGGGAGGCGGCAGAAGAUCUCGAUUUUUGACGUUGUUGUGGGAGAUGUCGUUUGCUUGAAGAUCGGCGAUCAAGUUCCUGCCGACGGGUUGUUUGUCGACGGGUAUUCUUUACAAGUCGACGAAUCGAGCAUGACGGGGGAGAGCGAUCACGUCGAGGUCGAAUAUAAAGCAAAUCCGUUCUUGUUUUCGGGGACUAAGAUCGUCGACGGCUACGGAAAAAUGCUCGUCACUUCCGUCGGGAUGAACACGACGUGGGGCGAAAUGAUGAGCACGAUAAGCCGGGAUUCAGACGAGGAGACACCGUUGCAAUCGCGGCUCAACGGUUUGACAUCGUCGAUCGGGAAGGUCGGUUUGGCCAUAGCGUUCGCGGUUCUCGUCGUGCUUCUUGUUCGAUACUUCACGGGGAAUACGAAGAACGAGAGAGGGGAUACUGAGUUCGUCGGCGGUAGGACUAAUGCGAACGACAUUGUCGACGCCGUGGUUCGAAUUGUCGCCGCGGCCGUGACGAUCGUCGUCGUCGCGAUCCCCGAAGGGCUACCGUUGGCGGUGACGCUAACGUUGGCGUACUCGAUGAAACGAAUGAUGGCGGAUCAGGCAAUGGUGAGGAAACUCUCGGCUUGCGAGACGAUGGGCUCGGCGACGACGAUAUGUACCGAUAAAACGGGGACGCUUACGACGAAUCAAAUGAAAGUAACGAAGUUUUGGCAAGGGAAGGAAGAUCGCACGACGAUCGCCGGAGAAGUUGUCGAGUUGCUCCGGCAAGGAGUCGGGCUCAACACAAUGGGGGGCGUUUACGAGUCGGGAGCUGGAUUCGAAUUCUCCGGUAGCCCGACGGAGAAGGCGAUACUAUCGUGGGCAGUUCUCGAGCUGAAAAUGGACAUCGACGCCGUGCAAAAGAAUUACGCGAUUCUUAACGUCGAAACAUUCAACUCGGAGAAAAAAAGGAGCGGCGUUUUGACGAGGAAGAUCGACGACGAUUCGCGCCACGUUCAUUGGAAAGGCGCUGCAGAAAUGAUACUCGCGAUGUGCUCGUCUUACUACGAUUCGGAUGGGAAAAUGAAACUGCUCGAUAGCGACGAAAUGGUGCGAUUCAAUCGUAUAAUCGAAGGAAUGGCCGCCGGAAGUCUUCGAUGCAUAGGGUUCGCCCAUAGUCGGAUUUCAGAAAUCGCCGAAGAGGAUAUCACGAUUCGUGACGACGGUUUAACUCUCCUCGGAUUAGUCGGGCUUAAAGAUCCUUGCCGUCCUGGCGCGAAGAAAGCCGUCGAAGAUUGCCAACACGCCGGAGUUAAUGUCAAGAUGAUAACUGGCGACAAUAUUUUCACGGCGAAGGCUAUCGCGACGGAGUGCGGAAUACUUUCCUGCAAUCAAGAAGCGACCGAUGGAUCAGUAAUCGAAGGAUUAGAGUUCCGAAACUACUCCGACGAGGAGCGAAUGGCGCGAGUCGACAAAAUCUGCGUAAUGGCGCGAUCGUCACCGUUCGACAAGCUUCUAAUCGUCGAAUGCCUCAAGAAAAAAGGCCACGUCGUCGCUGUGACGGGGGACGGCACGAACGAUGCGCCGGCGUUGAAGGAAGCGGAUAUCGGCCUUUCGAUGGGAAUCCAAGGAACGGAAGUCGCGAAAGAAAGCUCGGACAUCGUCAUCCUCGACGACAACUUUGCCACCGUCGCGACGGUUUUACGGUGGGGGAGAUGUGUCUACGACAACAUCCAAAAGUUCGUACAAUUUCAGCUCACCGUAAACGUCGCGGCGUUGGCGAUCAAUUUCGUCGCGGCGAUCUCCGCCGGCGAGGUGCCGUUGACGGCGGUGCAAUUGUUGUGGCUAAAUCUCAUAAUGGAUACGCUCGGCGCGUUGGCGCUCGCGACGGAGCGGCCGACGAGGGAGCUAAUGGAGAAGAAUCCGGUCGGGCGAUCCAAGCCGCUCAUCACGAACGUGAUGUGGCGGAAUCUGACCGCGCAAGCAUUCUACCAAAUCUCUAUUCUGCUGACCCUCCAGUUCGGCGGCGAAUCGAUUUUCGGCGUGACGGAGAAGGUGAACGAUACAAUGAUUUUUAACGCAUUCGUUUUGUGUCAAGUUUUUAACGAAUUUAACGCGCGAAAGCUUGAGAAAAAGAAUAUUUUCGAGGGGGUUUUAGGGAAUAAGGCGUUCGUCGGAAUCGUGGCUGCGACGGUGGCGCUGCAGGUGGUGAUGGUGGAGGUUUUGAAGAAGUUUGCGGAUACGGAGAGGCUGAGUUUGGGAGAAUGGGGAAUUUGUGUGGGAAUUGCGGCUGUGACUUGGCCUGUUGGUUGGGCGGUGAAGUUUGUGCCGGUGCCGGAGACGCCAUUGUUGAGUUAUUUCAGUUUGAAGAAGCUCAGAAGGGAUGGGAGGUAGAAGAUGAAGUCUGUUAUUUGUGGUUGAAGUAUGUUUAUUUAGUUAUUUAUUUAUGAGAAAAUUAUUAUUUGGAUUGUUGAUUUUUUCAUUUGAAUUUUAAUAUAAAUACAUUUUAUCUUUGUAAAUACAUUUUACUC